AAGCUUUCGUUUCAGGAGAGGAAACAUUGGGGACCUGACGAUUUAAAGGAGACGGGGAAUCGCUUAUCUCUGCUCUGUAGAGAUCUUCUCAGACAUAACCCAUGCCCGCUGACCAGUAUUUGAUGGACAUAGGUAGCGGCGAAGAAAUCUUUACAUAACAGACCACAGUUAAUAGAAAGGGGGAGGGGGGGAUUGGGGAAGCGAGCAUCGUCGGGUCAAAAUGUCGAUACAGUAUGAAGAACCACUGGCAGAUAGCUUUGGGGUAGCGGACUCUUUCCCAAAAGAUUUUGGUUAUGGGGAAGAGGAAGAGGCCGAUAUCGAAGACAGUCCAUCACCCUCAGACAGUAAACCAAGAAUAUUGUUGAUGGGGCUGCGAAGGAGUGGCAAGUCUUCGAUCCAAAAGGUGGUGUUUCACAAGAUGUCUCCAAACGAGACGUUGUUCUUGGAGAGCACUAACAAGAUCUACAAGGAUGACAUCUCGAGUAGCUCCUUCGUCAAUUUUCAGAUUUGGGACUUUCCUGGGCAGGUGGACUUUUUUGACCCCACUUUCGACUAUGAGAUGAUCUUCAGAGGCACGGGGGCCCUGAUAUUUGUCAUUGAUGCUCAGGAUGACUAUGUGGAGGCUCUGGGGCGGCUUCACCUUACCGUGUCGCGGGCCUACAGGGUCAACCCCGAGAUCAACUUCGAGGUCUUCAUCCACAAGGUGGACGGCCUGUCCGACGAUCACAAGAUUGAGACACAAAGGGACAUCAACCAGAGGGCCAAUGAUGACCUGGCAGACGCUAGCCUGGAGAAGCUGCACCUCAGCUUCUAUCUGACGAGUAUCUACGACCAUUCUAUAUUCGAAGCCUUCAGUAAAGUAGUGCAGAAGUUGAUCCCUCAGCUGCCGACUCUGGAGAAUCUUCUAAACAUUUUCAUAUCGAAUUCAGUGAUCGAGAAGGCUUUUUUGUUCGACGUGGUUAGUAAGAUCUACAUUGCCACAGACAGCUCUCCGGUGGACAUGCAGUCGUAUGAGUUGUGCUGUGACAUGAUUGACGUGGUCAUUGAUGUGUCCUGUAUCUAUGGUCUUAAAGAGGAUGGCAGUGGCAGUGCAUAUGACAAGGAGUCCAUGGCUAUCAUUAAGCUGAACAACACCACAGUGCUCUACCUUAAGGAGGUCACCAAGUUCCUGGCUCUCGUCUGCAUCCUCCGAGAGGAGAGCUUUGAGCGCAAAGGCCUCAUCGACUACAACUUCCACUGUUUCCGGAAGGCCAUCCACGAGGUGUUUGAGGUGGGCAUGUCGAGCACGCGAACAGUGUCCACACCGACGGGCACGCCCUGCCUGAUGAAAGGCGUGGCACUCAACGGCACCCCGCGCAGCACAGUGUAGAAGACCGCGGCCUGGCACAAAAAAAAAAAGAGGAAGAGCGGACCACACAAGGACGAGAGAAAGAUGUAACGAAAAAGAAACGGAAUGGGGCAAAAGAAAUGACAAGGGAAGGAAUGUGCGCUGCUGUAUUGGGAGAGGGAGAUGGCAGAGGGGCAUGUCCUUAUGCCACCCAUAACCCCCCCACCUUACCACCCUACCCCAUCCCCACCUGCCCUCCACCCUAAAACCAGCACCUGAGUAAACCCCCCGUACAGGGACAGAGACAGAGACUCUACCUCCACAGUAUACAAUAACUAAACACAUAAAUAAAUCAAGAAAAUCAUUUUAAAAAGAUAAAAAAAGACUGUUGUAAGGGAGCGGUGCCAGAGCUCUGAGUGUUGCUAAGUUAGGAUGAGGAAGGGAACACGAGACAAAAAGAGAAGGCGAGGGACGAUUGCCGAAUCUCUUUUUCGUGAACGAACGGCAUUAACACACUGUCUGGCAGGACAGGAGAGGGAAAAAGACCAGCAGGGGGCAGAAGUGUGAGUAGAUGAUGAGAGAAACAUAGUUAGACAUAUUAAUGAAAGCACACAGAAUCUUCCCUGCAAGGACUAUCUUCUCUCUCUCUCUCUCUCUCUCUCUCUCUCUCUCUGUCGCCAUCUGGUGAACAUAAGAAGCCUCUUGAAUCUGCUGUAUAAUUUUUUUUUUGCUGCUUGUCCACGGAUGUGAGGAAGGGAAGUAAAGACUCGCAUAUGAGUAGGUGACAGGGAUGAGUUCUGCCACUUGGAGUCUAGCCCUGCAGAUAGCAGGCCUACCCUUCCGAAGCCUUACGUAGAUGGAGCUCGCAAGCUGGCUUGCUUGCUGCAAGCUUGUUGUCCACUUUACUCAAUGCACCCCAAACCUUUCCUGUGAUUUUUUUUUUUUUUUUUUUUUUUUUUUUUUUUUUCCAUAUUUUCAGAUUGUCAAGCUUGAAAAGGGAUCAUAUUUUAGUGUGUGUGUGUGUGAGCGAGAGAGUGAAUCAGACAUGUAUCGUUUGUACCUGCGAAAUCAGGGAGUGAACGAGGACAAGGUGGUUGAUUAAUUGAAUAUAGCGACUGAUUUAACUAGUGGAAUUUAGAGGCAUAUAGGGUAGACUCAAGGCCCAAAGCUGUUGUGACAUCUGGAGCCCUUCCUCAGUAUGCUUCCACAGCAAAACUGUGGUAGCUUAAUGUCUAUGGCAGAAACCACUUUGUGAGUCUGUUGAGACGCUUGUUGUGUAUGGACAGAGGCCUAGGAGUAGGCUGGAUGGCCAUCCAUGGAUGCUGAAAUGCAUUCCAAAAUGUGUUGGUCUUACUGCGGAUGCCAGUGCCAUAGCUAUGAUCGGAAGCCAGGAUACCCUCUAUGACGAUGCGCCCAAAUUUAGUCGGCAUCUUUGGUGCAAAUGACGGCAUCACUGUGACGUAGAUUACUUUCGAGAAUGUAAGGGGAACUUUGAGCAACACAAAUGGCACUGAUCAGCUAUUAGCCCACCCCCAAGCGCACAGGAGAACCCAGAAAUUAUGAAUGUUCUUUGAUGUUAUGCCAUUUUUGCACUUUUGCUUCCUGGAGUCAGAGCAGGGUGACUGUAGCAGUAUAUUAAGUUGUCAGUAAAGGCUUAACGACGUAAUUAACUUCCAUGUUUCACCUAUUUCACAAUGUAUUUCACUAAAGUGUCUGACAAAAUAGCAUAGGAUACUGUUUAACCAGACACGUCACCUACGGUGUGACAAAAUUCCCUUGGCCUAUCUUUUUUCUGCAUGUUUGCAUCAAUUGGAAUCAUGGAAAAAAAUAUUGAAUACAUACAUACAUACAUACACACAGUUCUUGAGGAUAUCUUGUAAUCUGUAUGCCAUUGACUGUUUAGAAAGGGAUCAGCACUAACAGUUCUAAGAAAUCCUGGAAAAGAAUCGUGACCAAAAUCACUUGUUAAUGAAACAGUGGGGUCACCCUUUGCUAGUGAUUCUUGCUUGCUCUCAUUUCUCAUGUGUCUGUCCUAAGUUCUGCCCAAGGUGUAAAUGUUCACGACAAUAAACAUGUAAACACCUUAAGUUAGUGCCUUUCUCUUUCCAGGCAGAGCUUUUUAAUCGCAAUGAGCCAUUUUAACCUGUCAUAGGUUACUCGUCACAUUUAGUAUAUAUUUUAUUAAAACGGCAUGGAUUUGAUUCAGCUUUCCUCCCAAGGGGCCAUCUAUGGAUUCAGAGUUUAAUGUCUUCACUCGCCGCACCUGGACUGCCCUUGAGAAGGUGCAGACUCUCACCCCCCACCCCAACGACCCACAUUCACCCCUCCUUAGAGUUUAUCACUGUCGUCAUGCAAUGCAACCAAUAAAUUAUCAACAAAAGCAA